UCACAUGCACAGGAUAUGCCAACAGUAGAGCAGCUGCAUUCCCUUUUCUGCUGGUGUCUCUCUCUCUUUUGGCUUUUUUAUUCUGUUGGGUCUCCACCAUGUUGGGAUGGCUACUUCUACGGACUUUGCUGGUCCUUUGGCUGGCGCAUAGUGCACACCUUAAGAACAAUGGAAAUGGUGGGGGUGUUGGAAGGAUGUUGAUGCCAUCCAAUGGAUAUGGAUACAAGGGAAAUGGUUACAGUGCUGGAGCUGGGGUGCCCAAUGGAAACAGUGCCAAACCCAAUGGUUACGGUGCUCCUGCAGCUGUGUCCAAUGGAAAUGGUGCCAAACUCAAUGGUUAUUAUGGUGCUCCUGCAGCUGUGUCCAAUGAAAAUGGUGCUAAACCCAAUGGAUAUGGUGCUCCAGCUGCUGUACCCUAUGGUCAAAAGUCAAAAGGUUAUGGCGCUCCUGCAGCUGUGCCUAAUGGAAAUGGUGCAAAGCCUAGUGGCUAUAGUGCUCCAGCUGCUGUACCCAAUGGAAAUGGUCAAAAAUCAAAAGGUUAUGGUGCUCCUGCAGCUGUGCCUAAUGGAAAUGGUGCUAAGGCCAAUGGUUAUGGUGCCGGUGUGCCUAAUGGCAAUGGACAAGGAGCUAAACCCAAUGGUUCCGUUACGUUUAAUAAUGUAUUUAUAGGUUACGGUGCUGCUCCAGCUGCUGUGCCCAACGGACAAGGAGCUAAGCGCAAUGGUCAAGGAGCUGCAGCUGGUGCACCCAAUGGACAUGGUGCGCCAAAUCCAAAUGCUGGCAUGAAAGGACCCAUGAAAGGAUACGGCCGACCACCUUUUGGUGCAGGUGCUUCUCUUGGAAUGGGGACUCGAAAGGGUCUGGGGGUACCUCAACUAGCUGCAAACAGGAGGGGGGUGUAUGGCAGUAAUGGGUAUGGUGGUAAUGGAUAUGGCGCACAGCCAAUGAAUGGUUACAGGCCAAAUGGUGCCUAUGCCAGGGCUGGUCUUGGCCUGGGUGGUGGCCUCUCGGCUGGAUACUCUAAUGGAGGAGGCCAAAAAAGACCCACGCAGGGUUACGGUGGUCCCAAUGGACAAGGUGUUAAACCCAAUGGUUAUGGUGCUCCUGCAGCUGUGCCAAAUGGAAAUGUUGGUAAAAAAAACAAAGGCUAUGGUGCUGGAGCUGAUGUGCCAAAUGGACAUGGUGCCAAACCCAAUGGUUAUAGUGCUGGAGCUGGUGUACCCAAUGGACAAGGAGCUAAACCCAAUGGUUAUGGUGGUGUACCCAAUGGAUAUGGUCCCAGACCCAGUGGGUAUGGAUAUCCCAAUGGUGGGGCAAAGGCACCCAAACCAGGUUAUGGUGCUGGAGCUGGUGUGUCCAAUGGACAAGGAGCUAAUGGUUAUGGAAAUGGAUCACCUCAACCUCAAAAUACUAAAGGUGUCGGAGCACGUGCACCCAUUGGAGGAACUAAAGCGUCAAAUGGAGGAGCUAAAGCACCAAAUGGUGGGUAUGGUGUUCCUGCUGGUGUACCCAAUGGACAUUUGGCUGAAGUAGUCAAUACUGGUUAUGGCAUGCCAAAUGGAUACAGCAUGUCAAAUGGUCAGGGUACUAAAGGUGUUGGUGCACCGAAUGGAAAGGGCCCCAAAGGUGAAGCUCUUACUCCUGAAGCACUAAGCCUUGCACCAGCACCCGAGCCAGGACUUGUAGUACCUGAGCCAACAAAGGGUGUAGCUCUAAUCGUUCCACAAGGGAAGACAUACCCUAAGCCAGCACCAGUUCCACAAGGGAAGCUUUUCCCUAAGCCAGUACCUAUAGUACCACAGACAAAGAGUCCAAAGACAGUACCAGAGCCAGCAAUGGUUCCACAAGGGAAGACAUACUCUAAGCCCGCACUAGAGCCAGCAAUGGUUCCACAAGAGAAGACAUAUGCUAAGCCAGCACCAAAGCUAGCACCUGUCAUUCCACAAGGAAAGCCGUGCCCUAACAAAGCACGGGAGGCAGCACCAGUUCCACAUGGGAAGACAUACCAAAAGCCAGCCCCAAAGCCAGCAGCUGUAGUACCACAGGCAAAGAGUCCGAAGACGGCACCAGUUCCACAAGGGAAGCCGUACCCAGAGCCAGCACCUGUCGUUUCACAAUGGAAGCCGUACCUUAUGCCAGCACCUGUGGUUCCACAAGGAAAGAUGUACCCUAAACUAGCACCAGUGCCAGCAUCACAGGCAAAAAGUCCAAAGCCAGUGGCAUCAGCCGUGCCUCAAGGAAAGCAUCCCAAAGUACCAAACAUGGGUUAUGUCACUGGAAGUGAGGUCCCUGAGAAAAAAAAUGGUGGGUCGGGCACACCUCCUGGGAAAGGUGAUUGGGGCGUAGACCCUGAACCUCAGGUGCCUAAAAGUACUGGACCCAUGGUUACAAAGGUUGUGCCUGCAUUGGUACCUGAAACGAUGGCAGCUAAAAACACUGGUCCCAUUGUCCCUGGAGAAACCCUGACUAAAGGUGCACCAGGGGUGGCACCGGAAGAAGUGAGCAAUAAAAGUGAGCCUGCAGUUGUACCUGAAAAAUCAGCAGUGGAACAUGAGAAGCUGGAAUCUAAAGUUGGGAGUCCACUUGGUUAUGGUCCAGGAGCUGGUGUUCCCAUUGGCUUGGGUGCUAAACCCAAUGGUUACGGAGGAGGAACUGGUGUAAACGGAGGUGGUGCCCCCAAUGGCUAUGGCGCGAAACCCAAUGGUUACGGUGUCGGAGCCAGUGCACCAAACGGACGUGGAGCAAACCCCAAUGGUUACGGUGCAGGAGCUGGUGUACCAAAUAGAGGUGGUGUCCCCAAUGGCCAUGUUGCUAAACCAAAUGGAUAUGGAGCUGGAGUAUAUCCAAAUGGAGGGGGAGCUAAUGCACCCAAACCAGGUAAUGGUGCUGUUGCAGGGAGCUAUAAUCCUGUUGCUGCCGGCUAUGGAUAUGGACCUGGAGCAGGUGAAAAUCCUUUCGCAGGGAAACCCAAACAACAUAGUGGUUAUGGUCAAGGUGUCUACCCUGGAGGUGGUUAUGGAUAUGGCGCAGCUGCAAAUGGAAAUGGCUAUGGUGCACCUGCAAUUGGUGUGCCUGCUGGUAUGGAGGGCAAAUCAGGUGGGGUUGGUGCAGGACUUGAAGAGCCUGCAAAUGGUGGCAAAUAUGGUGGUUCCGGACCUUAUGGCGGAGCACCAAUCAUUCCUGCUGGACUGGAUGGAACAAGUCAGUUUGAACCUCAACCCGCUGGCCUACGUCCUGAUGGAAAAUCAGGUGGAAUGUAUGGUGGAUUGGGUGGGCCAUAUGGUGGUCAGCCCCUCGGAAUGGGCCCAGAGGCAACAUCUCAGACCAAAUAUGGCAUUGGGGGGUUGCCAUUUGGUGGUCAACCCCUCGGGUUGGGGACUUAUGGUGCAGGAAAUGGUGGAAUCUCCAACGCACCUGGACCUGAUGUUGGCAAGUCAGUUGGUAAAUACGGAAAUGGUGGUCUACCCUAUGGAUCUCAGACUCUCGGAUUGGGUGCUGACUCCAAAUCCUCUGGAAAAUACGGCGGGCUAGGCACUGGAAUGGGAGGGGAUCCUGCACCUGGAAAAUAUGGAUAUGGUGCACCCUAUGAUGGGCAACGUCUUGGCCUAGGGGGUGAUCCUGGGAAAUCAGCUGGCAAGUAUGGCUAUGGAGAGGUGCCAUACGAGCCUCAGCCUCUUGGACUUGGCCCCGAUUCCGGUAAAUCGAAUGGAAAAUAUGGACAGGGUGGGUUGCCAUACGAGCCUCACUCUCUUGGGCUCGGUCCAGAUGUUGGAAAAUCUGCAGGCAAAUAUGGGGGCGGUGCACCAGACUCCUAUGCACCAGAACCUCUUGGCCUUGGUGGUGAAGGGCAGAAAUCUGCUGGCAAAUAUGGUAACCUUGGACCAUACGAGCCACAGACCCUUGGAUCAGUCACUGAUGGCAAAUCCACCGGACAAUACGAAAAUCCUAUGCCUUAUGAGCCUUUGCCCUUCGAAUCAGAGGCUGUCGGAAAGUCAUACGAGAGAAUAGGAGAAAUAGCACCAGCACAACCUACUAGACUUGAAGAAAAGGGAAAAUCUACUGACAAAUAUGGCAAUGGGGGUUAUAUAAAUGGACAAGUUCAGCCAGAAGUCGUCUCCUUCCCCCCAGCUCCCACUCCUUGGCCCUCCAUCUCCUAUCCCCCCAUCCCCUCAUUUGUGCCCGUAGUGUCCUUCUUCCCCCCCGAGGCCCCUGCCGCAGCUGUUUCAGAGGCCCCACCCAAGCCUGUGGGCACUGCCAGCCUCUCCCUUGCAUCUGCGCCCAGCACCCAAAUGAAAGCCCCGCCACACGGGCCUGACACUGCGUUGCUUCAGCCACCGCACCAGAUACACAUUCAGCAGCACCUCAAGCUGCACAUUCACCCGCAGGGCAAAUCAUGGCGAGGAGGUGCAAAGGAGAACAAAUAUGAAUUAACAGGAUUCUUUGGGAAUAGUGGAUACUAAGGUAAAACAUUAAAGGUUGACCAGGGCGACGGUGGCCAUUUACAGCAUUUAACUUUUACAUAGCUGUUGUUGUUUUAUAUUUGUUUUAAUUCCCUUUUUAAAUGAUCUUUAGUUUUUGUAUAAUUAUUCAUAUCUCCCUGUCCAUGCCAAACCAGUCCUGCCUGCCAUAUUUUUUUUAAUCGUUUUUAUGCCAUGUCUGUAAUAUCACUAGAACUAAGAAAACACACAUUUAUUAAGUCUUGUUAGGGCAUACCUUCUUUGUAGUUUAUAUUUUCUACAAGUUUAUCUUGAUUAUGUGUCUGUCUUAUUUAAUUUCGUAACCACCUGUCUUACUACACUUACUGGAUACGGUGAAUCAUGUUUUGAGAGUUUGUGUGCUACAAAUAUUUAAUGUGUUGAUUGAAUCAGUCCAGUUUUUGUCUGCAUAGUUUUAUAAACUCAAACUCAAACAAAUGUAUUUUGUAUGGGAAAGUUUUUUUUUUACUACCUGUGGCAAACACCUGUACAUUUUUGGACAGUUUUGAUGGAAUAAAAACAGACUGGAAAUAC